AUGCCUGAUGCAUUAGCGUUGCACCGAGGCGCAGAUAAGAAUUUGCAAAGCAAAGGAAAUUAUCGAAAUAUUCAAAUAGACAUGCCGACACCUGUUAACGUCGAUGUUGAAUUUAAAGAUAUCUGUAUGGAAGUAUCAACAGGAUUAUUAAAAAAAAAAACAAGGCAAAUCCUGAAGAAUGUUUCCGGUAUUUUUAAGUCCGGUCAGCUAACAGCAAUCAUGGGGCCCUCUGGGGCCGGCAAGACGUCACUUCUGAACGCACUCACUGGAUUCUCGAUAAAGGGCGUACAAGGAAAACUAAGAGCUGGCGACAUUGAGUGCGAGUUGAAAAAAAGAGAAGUUCCCACGGUGACAUUACAAGCAUAUAGGAAGAAGUCAUGCUACAUCUUACAAGACGACAGGCUCAACCCUCUCUUCACAGUUAGAGAACUAAUGCAAUUUGCCACCGAUCUGAAGCUGGGCAACUCGUUACCUAAAGAUUUAAAAAAUUUAGUAAUGAACGAAGUUCUGAAUAUAUUGGGAUUGAUUGGCGCUGAAAACACUAGAUGCUGCAAUUUAUCUGGCGGACAGAGGAAGCGUCUAUCCAUCGCUGUAGAGCUCAUCGACAACCCGCCGGUCUUAUUCCUUGACGAACCCACCACGGGCUUGGAUAGCUCAACGUCAUUACAAUGCAUAACAAUGCUAAAGGGGCUCGCACGUGCCGGUAGAACAAUAAUAUUUACAAUACAUCAGCCUACGGCGACUAUGUACAAGUUGUUCGACCAAGUCUACAUUCUCGCGGAAGGUAUGUGCAUUUACAGCGGGCCCAGCGCAGACACGGUGCCGUAUCUAGCCUCCUUGGAUCUACACUGCCCUAAAUAUCAUAAUCCUGCUGAUUAUAUUUUGGAAAUAGCGAAUGGCGAAUAUGGGAAAUUCAACGAAUUCUUAAACUCUAAAUUAUGUAGUCAACACUACUUUAACGAAAAAUCUCCAGUUCAAUGCGUAGAAGAAACGCUGUCGAUGGAGUCGUCCGGGAAGACGAACGUCGCAAUCAAGAAACCUCACGAGCUUUAUAAGUUCAGCGUUCUUUUUAGAAGAUGUAUAAUACAACAAUAUAGAGAUUGGACUGUGACACAUUUAAAGAUACUUUUGCAUAUAGCAGUGGGAGUUUUAAUAGGAUUGUUCUACGAUCAUUCAGGCAACGACGCAUCGAAAACUUUCAGCAAUCUCAGUCUACUCCUGAUAUCGCUCGCUUACCUAUGCUAUACAUCGCUAAUGCCUGCGGUGUUAAAGUUUCCUGAUGAGUUACCGAUUUUGAAGAAAGAAAAUUUUAAUAACUGGUAUAAUCUGAAGACCUAUUACGCGGCUAUAUUAGUGACGAGCAUACCAUUACAGAUUUCAUUUAGUCUAGUGUAUACAGCACCGUCGUACGUGAUAUCUGGCCAGCCAUUAGAAUUAUCGCGAUUCUUGAUGUAUACAUUGGUGCUCAUAAACAUGACGCUCAUCGCUGAUGCGAUUGGAAACAUUAUCGGGACCUGCACCGAUCCUGUUAACGGUACAUUCUUCGGUGCGAUUUCAACGUGCUUCAUGAUCGUGUUCGGAGGAUUCCUAGUGCUGCCUUCGCAUAUGCCCAAGAUUAUGCGCUACGUCUCACACAUCUCCUCUAUCAAGUACGCGUUCGAAGCGCUUGCUGUCUCACUGUAUUCGAACGGCCGCGCGCCGAUCGUGUGCCCCGACGGACAUGAUUACUGCCAUUUGAAGUACCCGAAGGAGAUAUUGCACUUGUUGGAUAUCGAAUCGAACACCUAUUGGCUGGAUUUAGGUAUUAUGUUCGCUGAACUCAUAGUACUAAGGUUUAUAGUCUUUUAUACCUUAAGGCGGAAAGUUAAUAGAUCGGAA